AUGCAGGUGCUGCUCAAGGCUUUCAAGUCGUACCAGAAAGCCUUCUGGCCUCAUACGGUCAUCCUACAUGGAAAACCAGGCGUUGGAAAGUCAUCUUUGGCCAGAAGUAUCAUUCUGGGCUGGGCACAGGGUAAACUCUACCAAGACAUGUCCUAUGCCUUCUUCUUCUCUGUUAGAGAAAUAAAAUGGACAGAGAAGAGCAGUUUGGCAGAGUUGAUUUCCGAGGAGUGGCCAUACUUGCAGGCUUCCGUGGCAAAGAUCGUGUCCAAACCUGAAAGACUCUUGUUUGUCCUGGAUGGUUUUGACGACCUGGACUUGGCCCUCCUGCAGGAUGACAUGAGGCCCUCUGGAGACUGGGAGGACGAGCAGCCCAUAUACAUCCUGAUGUACAGCCUCCUGAUGAAGGUCCUCCUACCCCAGUCCUGUCUCAUAAUCACCACCAGAGACACGGACCUAGAAAAGCUCAAGUCAUUGGCGGUGUGUCCCCUCUACAUAUUGGUCGGAGGACUGUCGGCGACGAGGAGGACUCAGCUACUCCUCGAGGACAUCUCCAAUGACCAGCGAAGAAAGCACGUGGUCCGUACUGUGAUAGAGAACGACCGGAUAUUUGACCAGUGUCAGGUCCCCUCCAUAUGCUCACUGGUCUGUGAGGCUCUGAAGCUACAGGAGAAGCUGGGAGAGAGAUGCGCCCCAGUCUGCUGGACUCUUACCAGUUUGUAUGCCACCUUGGUGUUCCACCAGCUCACCCCACGAGAGCCUUUUCAGAGUUGCCUCAGUCACAGAGAGCAAGUUGCCCUGAUGGGUCUGUGCAGUAUGGCGGCGGAGGGGGUGUGGAACAUGAGGUCGGUGUUCUACGAUGAUGACCUGCAGAACUACGGCCUGGAGGAGGCUGCCAUCUCGGCCCUCUUUCGCAUGAACGUCCUUCUCCGGGUUGACGACAGCACCGAGCGGUAUUACAUCUUCUUCCACCUCAGCCUGCAGGAUUUCUGUGCCGCCUUAUACUACCUCUUAAAGGGGCUGAAGAAGUGGAAUCAGCAGUGUCUGUUCGUCGAAAACCCAAAGAGGAGCAUCAUGACGCUGAAGCGAACCAACUUCAACACUCACCUCCUUGGGAUGAAGCGUUUCCUGUUUGGCCUCAUGAACAAGGACACGAUGAGGACCCUGGAGGCUCUGCUUGGAUGUCCUGUGUCCCCUGCUGUGAAGCAGAGGCUCCAACAUUGGGUCUUUGAAAUGGGUCAGCAGGUCAGCGCCACCGGCCCAGAGGAUGUUCUGGAUGCCUUCUACUAUCUCUUUGAGUCUCAGGACAAGGAAUUUGUCUGCUGGGCUCUGAACAGCUUCCAAGAAGUGUGGCUCCAGGUUAACCAGAAGAUGGACUUAAUGGUGUCUUCCUACUGCCUCCAGCACUGUCAGAGCUUGAAGAUACUCCGGGUGGAUGUCAGAGACAUCUUCUUAGUGGAUAAGAAUGCUGAGCUGUGCCCCAUUGCUCUCCUGCAGGCACAGGGUAAGUCCCUCAUCAUGGAGCUGUGGGAGGACUUCUGCUCAGUACUCAGCACGCAUCCAAAACUGAAUAAGCUGGAUCUGGGUAGCAGCGUCCUAAACGAAUGGGCCAUGAAGAUACUAUGUCUCAAACUGCGGAAUCCAGCCUGUAAUAUACAGAAUCUAAUGCUUAAGGGUGCAGAGAUAGCCGCUGGCCUUCAGUAUCUCUGGAUGACCCUCAUUAGCAACCGAAACUUAAAAUACCUCAACCUGGGGAAUAAUAAUCUGAAGGAUGAUGACAUCAAGUUAGUCUGUGAAGCGCUGAGACACCCUAACUGCUCCCUGGAGACUUUGCGAUUGGAUUCCUGCGAUCUGACCUCCACUUCUUACAGUAUGAUCUCCGAGCUCCUUCUCUCAUCCACCAGCCUGAAGUCUCUCAGCCUGGCAAGAAAUGGGGUGACAGAGAAGAGCAUGGGGCAGCUCUGUGGGGCCUUGAGUAGCUCCAGGUGUACACUCCAGAAGCUGAUACUGAACCAGUGCGACCUCAAAGGAGAUGCCUGUGGCUUCCUGGCGCUGACGCUGAUCAACAACAGAACGCUGACACACCUGAGCCUGACCAAGAACCCCGUGGCGGACGACGGCGUGAAGUUUCUGUGCGAGGCUAUAAAGGAACCAACCUGUCACCUGCAAGAGCUGGAACUGGUGGAGUGCUGGCUCACCGGGGACUGCUGCGAGAAUCUGGCCAGCAUGAUCACCAUGAACCAGCACUUGAAGAGCUUGGACCUCGGCUACAACAACCUGGGUGACAACGGAGCCAUAGCCCUGUGCAAGGGGCUGAAACAGAAUAACAGCUCCCUGAGGAGACUUGGGCUGGAGGCGUGCGGGCUGACUUUCGAAAGCUGUGAGGCCCUGUCGUCGACCCUCGAUAGCAACCAGUGCCUCACCAGCCUCAACCUGGUGAAGAACAGCUUCAAUACGCCGGGGAUGUUGAAGCUGUGUUAUGCCUUCCGCCAUUUCACCUCCAAUCUGCGUAUAAUUGGCCUGUGGAAGCAGCAGUACCAUGCCGAGGUGAGAAGGCAGCUGGAGGAGAUACAGCUCACCUGGCCCGACACGGUGAUCACUGGUGACUGGUAUUCCUUAGAGGAAGAUGACCGGAACUGGUGGAAAAACUGA